AUGGAAAUCUCCUCUGUUGCCUCCAGGGAGAAUGAAGAGAAUGUAGUUCGUAUUGAAAGUAAUGGUGUCCGAACACCUGUGGUAUUUAUGUGGGAACAAACUGUUUGUAAAUAUGAAGGCGAAGGAUAUGGAAUUCCAAAGCGUGUUGUAGACCAGUGUUUGCUGAAGGAUCAGAAGUUGAUAACAUUGAUUGAUGAGACAAAUAAUAAGUCAUAUGAAUGUGAUGUUGAGACUGUUAAUGGUGGACUUAAUGAGAAAUAUGUGGCUAAAGGAUGGUUCGAAUGUUUGGAAGAUAUGAGAUUGGAAGAUGGGGAUAAGUUGUUGUUCGUUGUUGAAAAUCCCCCAACAAAAAUGUAUGUUUAUCUUCUUGUAUGGGAUUGA